GUCCAGUCUCCUCGCUUCCGGGUAGGAACGAAGAACGUCCCCAGUGUGUAAGUAGCAGCAUCCCUGAUACACUUCUUUUGCACGCGCUUUGGAUCUUCGGCGCCUUCGUCUCCUUUGGAUUGGCAGCGCCACAAUCCAAUCGGCGGCGCCUCCUCCCGGGAUCCUGGAUGAACAGGGGGUGGAUCGCAGUCCACUGCCGCUGUGUGGAAGAGGUAGGGCGGCCGCCGCUGUCACGGAUCCCAGGUUAGCUGCGGCAUUGCGGGGAAGCUCGGAAUCUAGGAGGUUUUUGGGGGUUUUCGGGCUGCGAUGUCGAGGGAGAAGCGGCCUCUGGAUUCGGCGCGCGAUGGAUUGCCUAAUGAGAAGCGACAGCGGCCAGCGCUUGCGAGCGUCAUUGUUGAGGCUCUUAAGAUGGACAGUCUCCAGAAAUUGUGCUCAACCUUGGAACCUCUCCUUCGUCGAGUUGUGGGAGAAGAGGUCGAGCGUGCUUUGGCGAAGUUAGCACCUUCUAUGAAAGGUGGACUAACCUACAAAUCAUCGCCGAAACGCAUCCAGGGUGCCGAUACUAGAGCGUUGCGCCUGCAGUUUCGAAACAAGCUAGCGCUGCCGCUUUUCACUGGCAGUAAAGUCGAAGGGGAGCAAGGCUCUGCGAUUCACGUCGUCCUACAGGAUGCCAACACAGGGCAGGUUGUAACUACUGGCGCUGAAGCAGGAGCAAAACUUGAUAUUGUUGUGCUGGAAGGCGACUUCUCGGCUGACGACGAAGAAGACUGGAGUAUGGAAGAUUUUGACACAUACGUUGUCCGAGAACGUGAAGGGAAGCGGCCCCUUCUUACAGGAGAUUUGAGUGUCACACUCAAAGAAGGCGUAGGUACACUUGGAGAGCUUACUUUCACUGACAACUCUAGCUGGAUCAGGAGCAGGAAGUUCAGGCUCGGUGUACGCGUCUCUCCUGGUUCUUUCGAAGGACCGCGCAUCCGAGAGGGCAAGACCGAUUCUUUUUCCGUCAAAGACCACCGUGGAGAACUUUACAAAAAACACUAUCCUCCCGCUUUGGGCGAUGAUGUGUGGAGGCUUGACAAGAUUGGAAAGGACGGGGCAUUCCACAAGAGGCUCAACAAAGCUGGAAUAUUUUCUGUGGAGGACUUUCUGCGUCUGGUGGUGAUGGACCCGCAGAAACUACGAAACAUUCUUGGAAGUGGCAUGUCAAAUAAGAUGUGGGAAGGAACAGUGGAGCAUGCUAAAACGUGCGUCCUCAGCGGAAAGCUGUAUGUCUAUUAUGCCGACGAGAAGCAAAAUAUCGGUGUCAUUUUCAACAACAUCUUUCAGCUAAUGGGCCUUAUGGCCGGUGGGCAGUAUCUUUCUGUGGACUCCCUGUCCGAUGCCGAAAAGGUAUACGUCGACAAGUUAGUAAAGGUGGCAUACGAGAACUGGGAGAGUGUGGUCGAGUACGAUGGUGAGGCACUGAUUGGUUCUAUGCCGCAUUCUCUCCGUGGCAUCGACGCACAUACGGAAGAGCCAGCCAAUGGAAACCGCGGAAGCAGUACGUUGCAGCAGCAGCAGCAGCAGGGGUUUCCCGGCAGUCAGGAGUUCGGCCUUGUUCCAAGAGGGACAGCGUUGACAAAUGCAGGGGGUAGUCAGCCAAGCUACGCUCCAGUCUCCAGCCCUGUGGAGAGCUACUCCUCCCAACAACAGCAGCACCAACAGCACCAACAGCAGCAGCAGCAGCAGCAGCAACAACAACAUCAACAGCAGAGGAAUCAAAACGCGAUGAGCACCGGCCUGUCUCUCCAACAAUCAAUGCCUUCUGGCUCAGGACUGGCUUACUCGCCACAAGUAAAUCCCAACCCCAGCUAUCUGCAGCAGGCACCCACGGCCACAGCCGAGUGGCUCCACAGGCAGACGACUCAAAACGACGAGUUCUACUCGGAGGAAGAGAUCCGUGCAAAGAGCCUCGAGCUCCUGGAGAGCGAGGACAUGAACUUGCAGAUGCAGCAGCUGCUGCGCAUGUUCAACGUGGCCACAAACGAUCAGGCCAGCAGCAUGCCAAACAUGAACUUGCAAGAUUACUUCCCGGUGGAGAGCGUGCCGUCGUCGCCGGAGAAGAAAGGCAGCAAAGUCGGGUGGCUCAAGCUCAAGGCCGCGUUGCGGUGGGGGAUAUUUGUCCGCAAGAGGGCCGCUGCCAGAAGAGCUCGAAUUGAAGAGAUCGAAGAGGAGUGAGCAUUGAGCGCAAGAGAAAUCUACCAGAGCGAGGGAAUAACUGGUAGAGUGGAGAAUGUAAAUUACUGUGGCUCUUCUUUGCUGCUGCUGGCAGGCCGGAUUACAACAAAAAAAAAAGAGAAAACAACUUGUUUGCUA